AUGGCGAUAAUCGCAACAGCCAGGUUUGAUGAAUUAGGUACCCAAAAGAAAAAGAUCAAGAAGUCAGAGAAGGCUGAUCAUCAUGAGCUUAUUUCUCCUAAUGAUAUAAUAGACUACGAGAUCUUGCCAAGACUUCCAGCCAAGUCCGUAUGUCGUUUCAAGUCUGUUUCCAAACAAUGGAAACGGUCUCUAUCGUCACAUAUAUUUGGAAAGAUGCACCAGUUCCAUCACAUUAACAACAACAUACAAAAAACAUAUAAACUUCUGUUACUUGACAAGCCCCGUGUAGAUUGCGGAGAACCCCUCAACGACGGUUCAUCAGGUACUGUCGGUUUUAAUCUACUAGAAGAAGCUGAUCCUAGAUUUGAUAUGGUUUUAGCAAGCUUGGAUGGAUUAGUAUGUGUAGCCUCCUCCAAAAUCGUCAACAGUCUAGCUUUAUGGAACCCGUUGACCCGUGCCUGUUACAAGCUGCCACCUCACCCCAAAAAACAUUUCUUUCCCUAUCAUCCUCGUUUGGAUGUCAUUGGUUUCUAUUCGGACUCCUCCAAUGACUAUAAGCUUCUGUAUUUGGUUUCUGAGACUGCCACCUCCAACGAGGCAUAUAUCUAUUCCCAAACAUUGAAUUCAUGGAGAAAGAUUGAAUUUGUCAUUGGAAACUAUGGCGAGCCUUACUUUUAUUACAACUGGUCGCAAGCUACCUUGUGUGACCAAAGUCUAUACUUUUCGGUGAGACGCUUUCAUCUUGAAUCCCUAAAGAAUGAUCAUGAUUGCAUUAUUUGCUUUGAUGGGAACACAGAAGACUCGAGGAUAAUACAAUUUCCACCUCUUCCAAGUGGCGCAACAUGUCCCCAUUCAAGUUUAGUGGUUAUCGAUGGAUGCAUUCACUUGUGUGUAGCCUACUACACCACAGAUUACGUAAUGUUUAAAAGGGGAAAUAUGUGGAAGUUGAUCAAUGGUGAUUCGUGGGUGGAGGUGGCGUUUUUCCCAGGCGCCCCAGUGCCUUUUUCCUUGGACAUCCUAAGUCAUGAUCCGCCCAACGUUUGCAUAACUAGGAAUGCCCAGGAUAGUUGGCUUGCGAUUUUGGAGGGUAACAACAACUCAUUUAAAAUAAUGAAUAUGGAGGAAUUCACAUUAACAGAACAUUCUCUUUCUUCGUAUUCGGCGUGUUCGUUGAUUACACAUAGCCGGAUUAUAUAUGAAGAGACCCUUUUGUCCCCCAAUCCUCCUCAUCCGUAG